AUGACGAUCAUCGCCACAGCGCUGUCCAUACUCCUCCUCGUGGAUGUCGCCUUGCAAGAAGUGGAGAAGCAAAAGGUUAUGCACAAGAGCAGGUGCCUCAAACUCGGUUCAAUGCGGAACGUGACUAUCGGUGUAAUUCGCAAUCAUAGUGAUGAGGGAUGGGAUGAUUGGUACGCUAAGCUGGCUUGGAGAAAAAUGAAGAUGUCACAAGAAGCCGUUGCCACCUGGUUGCAGAUCGAUGGCUGA